GGAAGCGGUCGACGGGCAUAAUAAAAGCUCCGCUGCUCUCGAGCUGUGUGUUGCGCAAGCGUCUGUCAUUCUGUCUCUCAUUAGCAAUAACUCCAUCGAUCUUAAACACACACAAGGAUUUCAAGUUUGUCGAUUGUGUCUUCAGUGAAACUGAACUCUCUUCCUGUCCAGGUUCACUUCGCGCGGACCGACCGUUACACACAGAAACACGUUCACACGGUUACAAAUGCACACUUCCGAAAAUCUGACUGCUGGAUUCGAUUAAGUCUGCAAGACCUGUUAGAGGAGAAAGAGGAGAGUGAAUAACUGAAACAUCAUGACAAAACUGGAGAAAUCUUUGAGUUGCUCAUUGAAAGGAAGAGCUAAAAAAUCUUUCACCUGCCCUCAGUGUGGAAAGAGUUUCCUAUACAAAAAAAGUCUUAAACCUCACAUGAAAAUCCAUGCGGGAGAGAAGCCGCACACAUGUGAUCAGUGUGGGAAGAGUUUUUCACAAGCAAACACUCUUAAAUUACAUCUGCGUUCUCAUUCUGGAGAAAGACCAUUUAAGGCUGAUCAAUGCGGCAAAACAAUUCUUAGUGCAAAAUCCCUGAAGGUCCACCUGAAAGUUCAUGCAAAGCGGAAGCGUCACGUGUGUUCUCUGUGUGGAAAGAGUUUUUCACGGAUGAGUAAUUUAAGAUUACACCAGAAAAGACACAGCGGUGUGAAGGAUCAUGUGUGCUUUGAUUGUGGGCAGACCUUUACUAGAUCUGACACAUUGAAAGAGCACCAAAGAAUUCAUACUGGAGAAAAGCCUUACAAGUGUUCAUACUGUGACAAGAGUUUCAGUCGGCCAGGACAUCUGAAAAGACAUGAAAGGACCCACACUGGAGAGAAACCUUAUAAAUGUGAUCAAUGUGGGAAAAGUUUUACACAAAAAGGAAGCUUAAAUGAUCACCUGAAAAUCCACACUGGAGAGAAGCCGUACACGUGUGAUCAGUGUGGGAAGAGUUUUGCAUGUGCAAAAACUCUUAAAUUACAUCUGCGUUCUCAUUCUGGAGAAAGACCAUUUAACUGUGAUCAGUGCGGGAAAAAAUUUCUUAGGGCAGAAAACCUGAAGAGGCACCUGAAAGUUCAUACAAAGCUGAAGCCUUACGUUUGUUUGUGUGGAAAGAGUUUUUCACGAAUGGAUUAUUUUAAAAUACACCAGAAAAGUCACAGCAUUGUAAAGGAUCAUAUGUGCUUUGAUUGUGGAAGUACUUUUACAACAGCAGCUAUAUUGAAUCGGCACCAGAGAAUUCACUCUGGAGAAAAACCUUACAAGUGUUCACAAUGUGACAAGAGAUUCAGUCAGUCUGGAGCUCUGAAAAAUCAUGAAAUGAUCCACACUGGAGAGAAGCCGCACACAUGUGAUCAGUGUGGGAAGAGUUUCACACUAAAAGGAUCUCUUAAAUCACACAUGAAAAUCCACACUGGAGAGAAGCCGUAUAAAUGUGAUCAAUGUGGAAAGAGUUUCACACAUGCAUACACUCUUAAAUCACAUCUGCAUAUUCACUCUGGAGAAAAACCAUUUAACUGUGAUCAAUGUGGUAAAAAAUUUCCUAGGGCAGCACACCUGAAGGUCCACCUGAAAGUUCAUACAAAGGAGAAGCCUUACACAUGUUCUUCAUGUGGAAAGAGUUUUAGUCAGCUGGGUAAUUUAAAAGUACACCAGAAAAGACACAGUGGUGUGAAGGAUCAUAUGUGCUUUGAAUGUGGGAAGACCUUCACUGCAGCUGAGACACUGAAAAAGCACCAGAGGAUUCACACUGGAGAAGAAACACAUGAGAGGAUCUACACCGGAGAGAAGCCGCACACAUGUGAUCAGUGCGGGAAGAGUUUCACGCUAAAAGGAUCCCUUAAGUCGCACAUGAAAAUCCACUCCGGAGAGAAGCCUUUUACAUGUAAUCAGUGUGGGAAACGUUUCACUCAGUUAGGAUCGCUACAUCGUCAUACCAGAAACAGCUGUCUGAAAUUAAAGUAAUUCAUGUUCAGAUCCAGCAUAUUUAAAGUGUGUUGCUGCGUCCUCGCCAAAUGUGAGCCAAUAACACACUGAGUACUAAAAGCUCUCUUUCAUAAAGAUCUGUCCCAACCAGCCUCAUUAAAACAUCAUUAAGCUUUAAGACCAGCUUCAAUUAAUAUUUCUAAAGACGUUUUGUACAGAAGAACUGACUCGAAUCUAAGAUGUCCUUCUGUUUGGACUAAAGCUGAAUGUAAUUAUUGUGGACAGAGUUUCAUGGACUUAAUGUCUCAAAAUUCAUCUGCAUUCUUUGGUCUUUCAUCUGAUUUUUGUAGUUGCUUCACCAAUUAAUUGAUUAAAGGAUUAGUUCACUUUAGAAUUAAAAUUUCCUGAUAAUUUACUCACCCCCAUGUCAUCAAAGAUGUUCAUGUCUUUCUUUCUUCAGGUCGAAAAGAAAUUAAGGAAAACAU